AUGAUCGACCGGCUCCACGCACAUGAUACCCGCAUUCUCAUGGAUCUGGUUGUCAAUCACACCAGUGACCAAUAUCUCUGGUUCAAAGAGUCCCGCGGUACCAAGACAAACCCCAAGCGUGACUGGUACAUCUGGCGCGAUCCCAAGUACGAUGCCCAGGGCAACCGCAAGGAACCCAACAACUGGAAAUAUAACUUCGGUGGUAGUGCAUGGGCCUUUGAUGACCAUACUGGUCAAUACUACCUCGCUCUGUUUUUACCCAGCCAGCCCGAUCUCAACUGGGAAAGUGCAGAGAUGCAUAAAGCCACCCACGACGACAUGUCCAAGCACCCAGAUCUGCCGGAUGCGAAGGUUAUCAAUGACGAGCCGUACCAGUUCGGUGCGGAAUUCUUUGCUUCCGGUCCUAAUAUGCAUGAUUACAUCCGCGAGAUCAGGACCGAGGUCUUCGACAAGUAUGACGUGAUGACGGUUGGCGAGCUUGGCUUCACGAAGGACGAGAGAUCUGUUAGCGAAUACGUCGCCAAUGACCGACAUGAGCUAAAUAUGGUCUUCACUGGUGAUAUUGUGGAUAUGGACUUCGGCCUGAACGCCAAAUCCGCAACUGCGAUGCCCAAGUUUGACGGGUGGAACACCGUCUAUCUCGACAAUCAUGACAGUGGCCGUUCGCUAUCUCAAUAUGCUUCCGAUGCCCCAGAACACCGCUCGACUGCGGCCAAAAUGCUGGCUACAUACUUGACGACUUUGAGUGGUACUCCGUUCACGCUUGCGGGCCAAGAGAUCGGCAUGGCGAACCUUGGUAAAGACUACGGGGCGGAUGCAUACAUCGAUGUGGAGGGCAGAAACUACUAUGAUGAAGUUUUGAAGUCUAGAGGUGGCAAUACCGGGAAGAUGGAUGAUGUCCUCCGGGAGCUGCAACUGAAGUCGAGAGAUCACGGAUGUCUGCCGAUGCAAUGUGAUAGUUCGCCCAAUGCUGGCUUCACCGUCGCGAAUGCAAAGCCAUGGAUGACCAUCAAUAAGGCCCACACUGAGUGGAACGUUGCCAGUCAGCUCGACGAUCCUGAGAGCAUCAUGGCUUACUGGAAACAGACGAUUGCGCUGCGAAAGGAAUACUCUGAUCUUUUCGUCUACGGAUCCUAUACCGCCCUCGAGGAAUCCGAGACGGGCGAGAUGGUGCUGGGAUAUGAGCGCAACUGGAGCCAAGCAAAUCAGGAAGCGGUUGUGCUGUUGAAUUUCUCUCAUCAAAUUCAGACUGUACCCCUGGGAAAGUAUGAGAAUUUCUCGGUUUUGAUUUCAAGCAAGGGUUGCAUUGAUCGUGCUAAAAGUCAAGUUGAGCUGCAACCACAUGGCUCAGUGGUCCUUCUAAACGCAUAG